GCAAAGUCAUAAUCCCCCACUGCUUGUUUGGGGCCCCCUCUCUGUGCUGAGACCACCACAACCUGUUUGAAGCAUCGACUUCUGGGAUGAGAAGCAGCAUCCUUCAUCCUGCUGCCAUGGCAAGAUGGAGCUUUCCCCUCAAAAUCAUAUUUUCAUUGCAGUUUGAUGAUCUCUCCCAGUUUGGAACAUGACUGUCCUAAAAACUGAAGGCCAUUGCAAAGCUUGUGUUGCAAAACAAAGUGCCUUUCAGUUCUGAUAGCGUGAAAAUGGGGCAGUCCGUUAGAAAAAAUUCAAGCCCCAUCUAAACAACAUAAACAAUGAGUUCUCUGGGAAGAAGAGUAGAGAGCAUGACCCAGCUAUGUCAAGUGCUGAUACAGGCAACCAAGAGGGAGGCCUCUGGAGUUCCCUCCAUUGAUGACUUACGUGCCGUACGCCCACUCCUGUGGCAUGGUCAUGCUGAAGCUGUUGCAGGCAGCACAUUGCUCAGGAAGGUGCUUGGGUCCUACUGCAGUGAGGGCAGUACCAGUGAGAGGCUUCCUUCUCCUGUUUGAUGCUGUUAUUGCUGCUGGAGAUGAGUGGGGGUGUCUAACUCAGCCAUAAUGAUGCUAAUGCACAAAAGAUGCAAAAAAGUGUGGCUGGUGUGGCCUGAAAACCCCUGAGAACUAAAGCAAAGAGCACUUGGUAAUGGUACAUCUGUCUUUGCUCUGCAUACUCUGUCUCAUGGUGUCUGUUCCCUGAGACAAAUGAGGCUCAGAUGUGGGUGAAGAAAGAGGCAGGUAGCACUGGGUGUAGAAGUUUUAGGGCAUAUAGUUGUUAUGCAGUGAUGCCCCGCUAGAAGGCAACGGUGCCUACCUAACACACUUUGCUCCCUGCUCUGAGGUCCUGGUGAAGAGAGGGAAGGAGAGGAAAGGCUUAGAGAAGGAGGGUGGCCUCUGGGGAGAGGGAGGAAAGAGUGGGUCUAAAAUAUCCAGCCCUUUGGGUCUCUAGGAGCUUGCUGCUGACUGAGGGACAAGGGUGGAACAUGGCCAGGUCAUAUUAAAUAUGAGACGCCCUAACAUGUGGUGGGUUUGCUUGCAAAACCAGGUGCUGCAUCCAUUUUCUACACCUCAAGAGCUCCUGAUAUCCUCGGAAGGGAGUGGGGGACAGGCCCUCUCCUCCCAGCUUGGCAAAGCGCUAAGGAGAGUGGUGUGGCAGCUCCCUGCCUAUUGCAUUUUCAGGGCCAGCCCUUGUUUUGCUUCUAAAGCCACAGUGUGAUGCUUUCCUCCCCUGCCACAGUAGAGAGUCUUGUCUUGCAGUUAUCUCCCGUUUAAAAUGUGGAAUACUGUGCAAGGCGAAAUGGGAAAAAGAGAGGGAAAGAAGAACAAGAUUGAGGAGGGAGCUGGAGGAAGGUGGAGGAAGGCACUAAGGAAGGAGCAUAUCUGUACGAAAGAGGAGGGAGCCACAUACUCCUCUGAACCGAGUUUAAACUGGAACUGCCUUUGCACCAGUGUGUGAAGCUGUGAGUCAGACACAUUCCUCUGUGCAGUGGGCAAGGUGACUCUGCAGGGGCUGGUUCAGGGGGGCAGAGCCCACCCCUCAGAGUCUAUCUGAGCAGAGAGGACACAGACCUGGGAGAAGGAGAAAUCCACCAGUUGGCUGGUUUCCGUGGGCCCAGCUAGUGCUGGAAAAGCAACAUCUGAGGAGCUGGUGAAGACCAGAGACGUUUCUUCCUGGCUGGCAGAGGUUACUUUGCACUGAUCAGUCUUGAAGGAGGGGCAUGUGUCCCAUUCUCACCUCUUUGGUGGUUAAGGAAAACUACCGGAUGAAGCUUGUGAUGGACAAAAUCAGCACGACGGAGUGGGUGGCUGGAGGUGAGGAAUAGACUUCUCUGGAGUACCCUAUGUCUGCUGAACUCUCGCCAUUCUUCCCUCACAUGUUAAUAGAUGUGUCCCAUACAGCGAGGGGGAAAGGCAGUGGGAAGGAACAGGUCUCUGGCAGCCUGACUUGCUCUUGCUCGUCUGACCCAAAGAUGUCUUGUAAUCCUUCCCCCAUCAGCACAAGGCCUGGAGGGGAUCCUGAGAACAGCAGCUUCUUGGAGGAAAGCAGUGGUGGGGGUGAUGGCAGUGGUGUCCUGGGAGGGGACAGCCUGGUCACAGGGCCACUGGGUGCAGUGCUGCUGGUCAUCUGCCUUACUGGGAUGGCAGGGAAUAUCUACACGGUGGCAGUGGCCUCUGGCAGGGUGGCGGGCCGCUCAGCAGGCUCCUUGGGGGUCUAUGUGAUCAACCUGGCCCUGGCUGACCUCCUGUACCUCUCCACCAUCCCUUUUGUGGUCUGCACCUACUUCGCCCACGACUGGUUCUUCGGGGAUGUGGGCUGCAGGCUUUUGCUCAGCCUGGACCUCCUUACCAUGCACGCCAGCAUCUUCCUCCUGACCGCCAUGAGCCUGGAGAGGUACUGGGCAGUGGCCAGACCACUGUGGGCCAGGCGGGCCAGCAACGCUUACCGCAAGCUGGCCAGUGCCAUCCUCUGGCUCCUCUCGCUCCUGCUUACAGCCCCCAUGAUGGUGAUGACCCAGCUGCGGGAGGCAGGUGGCCUCCACAAGCGCAUCUGUAUCCCCACCUGGACGCCAGCAGCCUUCCGGCUCUACCUGACGGUGCUUUUCACCACCAGCAUCCUGGCACCUGGCGUGGUGCUGGGCAUUGUCUACACCCGCCUGGCCCGGGUGUAUCGGUCCUCCGCCUUGGGCCCAGGGGUGUCGGUGGCGGGACGGGCCCCUGCCUGGCGGCUCUUCUCCAGGAUCUCCGUCAUCGUGGUUGCCUACUGGGUCUGCUUCCUCCCCUUCUGGGCCUGGCAGCUGGCUGGGCUGUACCAGGGUGAGGGGCUGGGCAUUGGCCCCACCACCCGUGCCUACCUCAACUACGGUGUCACCUGCCUGGCCUACAGCAACAGCUGCAUCAACCCUUUCCUCUACACCCUCCUCGCUGGCAGCCACCGCCGGUGCCGCAGCUGCAGCAGGACGGGCACAGCACAGCCUGCAGCACCCUCCCGGGAGGCCAUGGGGACUCUGGUGGGAGGCCACAGCAUCCCCCUGGCUUUCAAGGGAUCAUCCGAGUCUCUGGGGGAAAGCCAGGGGUGAGCAGCACCCCAGGUUGGGGACAUCUCCCAGCCUUUGGCUGGGGUCAUGUUGGGAAAUAAAAGUGCAUCACCUUCCA